AUCCCAUAACGUGAGGUGCUCAGCGUACCGGAGGGACAAGCUAGUUGUUUUUAGCUGCUUGUGUACUGGUUACAUCUGUAUUUUUAUCCAUGCAUCACCUGACGUCUGAGGGCGACUCGUAGUUUUGCUGCUCAGCGUCUUUAUUUUACCAAGUGUCCGGUCUUCAAACGAGCGAUGUCGGAGGAGGACUGGGCGGCAACAACAACAACAGGGCGCGCUGCUGUCCCGUUAGCAUCGCAACGUCCUCUUGUCCAUGACGCUUAACACUGCACGGAGAGUAUACCCGUCCUCCACGCCUCCCGUCCAGCCCAGCCUAGUCCAGUCCGGUACCGAGGCCCCGCCGUGAUGGCCGAGGAGGACCCCCAGCAGCAAGCGGACUGCGGGGCGACGAGGAGCCUGCCCGGCCUGCUCCCCGGGCUGCAGGGCGCUGAGGCCAGUGCCCUGCAGCUUCGGAUCAAGAACUCCAUCUGCAAAUCUGUUCAAUCCAAGGUGGAAAACAUACUUCAAGAUGUGGAGAAAUUCUCUGAUAUUGAAAAACUCUACCUCUACCUUAAGUUGCCUUCUGGUCCCAGCAGCAGCAGCAGCAGCACUGAUAAAAGUGACCAGAGCGCCCUGUCAUCAAGCCGCACGCAGCAGAUGCACGCAUUCAGCUGGAUCCGCAAUCACUUAGAAGAAUACCCAGAAACCUCUCUGCCAAAACAGGAAGUCUACGAUGAAUACAAGAGCUUCUGUGACAAUCUGAACUACCAUCCCCUGAGUGCUGCAGACUUUGGAAAGAUGAUGAAAAACGUCUUCCCCAACAUGAAGGCACGUCGACUUGGCAUGAGAGGAAAAUCUAAAUAUUGCUACAGUGGACUAAGAAAGAAGCCCUUUGUUCACAUGCCAUCAUUACCGACUCUGGAUAUCCAUAAUACAGGAGACCUCCAGUGUGACCUCCUGGAGUCAGCAGGCCAUCUGAGUAACAUAAAGGAGGAGGUCCGAUUCGCAGCCUGUGACCUCGUGUGUGAGUGGGCCCAAAAAGUGCUGAAACGCCAGUUUGAUGCCGUAGAGGAUCUAGCUCGCUUCCUUGUUGACAGCCAUUACAUCAGCAACAAGUCCUUGGCUGCUCUCACCAUUACAACAGGCACAGCAACAGAGGUUCAUACUCCUCCGGCGGUCUCAGCGUUCAUCCCCACUGCCGAGGCUCACUCUUUCCAGCCUCAUGUGACAACGUUGUCCUCACCUUCUGUCGAUGCAAAGCAGCAGCUGCAGAGGAAGAUCCAGAGGAAACAACAGGAACAGAAGCUGCAGUCACCUUCACCUGGAGAGGGACAGGCCAAGAGGAUUGACGAGAGUUUGCCCUGUGCUAGUCCCCUGCCUCAGUCACCUCAGCCAGCUAUCGGCAUCAUGGUCGCUGCUGUAUCGAGCCCCAUCACAGUUCAAAGAAGCCGUCAGCCGAUGUCUCCCAGUCCAAUGGGAGCAGUGGAAAAUAAAGUGCUUCCCAUUAACAUCCAAAUGGUGACCCAGCCGGUUCAAGCUGUGAAGCAGAACCCAAAAACCCCGCAAAACAUUUUAGCGGGUCCCAUGGGGGAGCGAUCUGCCCGUCAGCGCUACGCACAAAUCCUGCCCAAGCCUUCACCUGCUGUCACUCUGCGCUCGCCCUCCGCCAUGAUCAUCAGCAACAGCCCCAUAAAGACCGUGAUGACCACUUGUCACGUCAGCCCGGUCAGUUUGGUGAAGAUGACUGCCAUAUCGCUCACACCCAACGGCAGCACCACCACAUCCCUCACAAAUGCCACUCUACGACCGGCAUCUGCAGGCAUCAGCAGCUCUGCUGUUUCACUGGACGCCAGCUGCAAUCAGAGCAUGAGGAGCACCUCUGCCGUCCCCAUUCUUGCCCCGGCAGCUGCUGACACCCCUACUGCUGAUGUUGAAAUGGAAGUUGAGGCCAUACAUAGAAACAGCCAAUCACAAAAUCCUAGCAGUCUCAUUUUGACUCAAGGAGCAACAACUGAUCGAGCUGGAGGGGCUGUUCAAAGGGCUGCCAGUGUGCCCAUUCCUCAGACUAAAGGCUUCCUGGGUCUGGAGGAAACAUCAAUCAACACUGAAUGCAACACAAAGUCCUUCUUAAGCUCUAAUUCUGUGGCAGAGAGCAGAAAUAAUAAUGCUAAUAAUACAAGUAAUAUGCACUUAAUCCCUCCCACUGUGAAUACCAGCACUGUUUCUCUACUGCGCACCAGCAGAGCUCCUUCAUUUGGAGAAAGCAGCAGUGGAGCAUCAGCAAAGGAAAGUUUAUUAGCCACUAAAAGCCUCAGGAAGCGUUCAGGCCUCAGUCCAGACCUUUCUCCGGUUAAGAGAUUCUUCAUGCCCCAGCAGCCAGCAGAGGGUGCUGCUGGUCUGGUAUACAGUCAAGGAAACAUGUUCGCCAACGCCCCCAGGCCAGGAGCUCCAACUAGACCUGAGAGUGCACCAGCAACCAGGGAGGUAGAGACCAAAAUGAACUCUUCUCCCCAGGACCACGCACUCUGUGCUUCCACUUUCAGAACCAGUGGCUUCUACUCUGUUGCCAAAACAGCAAGCUCAAUGCAGAGGAAAAACACUUCCACUGUUAUGGAAACUAGCGCCUCAAUCAGUCACGCGUUAACACAGCAACAGCAGGGGCACACGGCGGCCAACUUGCAUGCUGUACCAAAUAACCACAGCCUCCAAAAGCAUCCUGGUGUGAGUGAGAUUAGUUCAAACUCUGAGCUCAAACAACAACAGAACUACAUGCAGUCCAACUCUGCUGCUGAAGCCCUGGACUUCUUCAACCAGACUUCGUCAUCCAGCCAGGUCUCUAUGCAGACCGACAUGAGCUACUUUUCCUUCGACGAUGAUGUGACUCAGGACAGCAUUGUGGAGGAGCUGGUGCAGAUGGAGGAGCAGAUGAAGCUAAACAAUAUGCAGGUGUUUGGAGAUUGUGUCACACUCCAAGGCCAACAGACUGUGAUGUCAGACAACAUCAUAUCCACCAAUCAGACCAUGAAUUCUCUCUAUCACGCCACCAACAGCAGCGGAAGCAGCAGCAAUCCCAUUAAAACUCCCACACCCACAUCAGAUAUCAUGGGAGGAGGCCCAGGUCUCACUGGAGAGAGUCCCUGCUCCCGCAUCACCUCCACCACCCCGGUGGACAGCGCAUUGGGAAGCAGCCGUCACACCCCGGUUGGUACUCCUCACUCUAACUGCAGCAGCAAUGUGCCUCCCAGUCCGGUAGAGUGCAGGAACCCGUUUGCUUUUACACCCAUCAACUCUAGCAUCACUGGUUUCCAUGAUGGCAGCACUGUCUCCAGCAGCCCUGUCAAGCCCAUGCAGAGACCGAUGGCCACCCACCCAGACAAGACCCGGCUGGAGUGGAUGAAUAACAGCUACAACAACAGCAGCAACACUGGGAGCCUGAACAAGUCAAACAGCGGUGUGGGAAUUCUCCCCAGCUAUCAAGGCCUCAUAGGCGACCAGUUCCAAAAACCGCAUGCUUUCGCUGUCCCUCAUGCAAGGCAUCAUGACAACCAUUUUGGCCGCUUGACCCCAGUCUCUCCUGUACAGCAGCAGGUGGCAAGCAUGGCGAAGCAGGAGGGUUUUGUUGUGCCCGCUCCUCUUGAUAAUAAAGCCACAAACUCACCUGCUUUCCGGUGUCGCAGCGUGAGCCCAGCUGUGCAUCAGAGGAAUUUUAGUGGAAACACUGGAAACCUCCCACAUAUCCCUCGUUCAGUUGUGUCACCUUUUAACUCCCCUGUGACACCUGAGGUGUUGAAUAUCUUUGCAAACACCCAGACGAAUCUCGGGGUAAGCAGCAUGGCCCAGAGGAGUCAUUCAGUGCCACUCAACAUCAUGAUGCAAUCUCAGGUCCUGCCUGCUCCAGGCCAGCAGUGCAACAGUAAAAACAUCACCAAUGUCCUUCUGAACAAGCUGGACGGAGGCAACGAUGACACUGUGAGGGGUCUUGGCAUCAAUAAUAUACCUUCUAGCUACACUGCACGCAUGAACCUCACCCAGAUCUUAGAGUCUGACAACAACCUCCCCUGCAGUGACAAUCAGCUCAUGAUGACCUCUGAGUCCACCAGCACAUGUAAGUUACAGAUGUCAAAUUACCUCAUGGAAAAUGCCAUUAGUGAACAAAUGAGUGUGUCAGCAGGUGACAACAGAGGCCAAAAAAUCUCUGGAGUCUCUUUGAGCUCACAGCAGCAUCAAGAGGAUCAGCAGCAGUGUGAUUUCAGCAGCUCAGUGAAGGACCUCCUCACAGGUAGCUGUCUCAGUGCUGGCACUCAGCUCAUGGAGCAGGUGUCAGAGCUAACAUCAGGAGGGGGAGAUUUCCCGUGUGAAAUCAGAAUGACGUCAGAGCUCUCCAGCAGCAUCAAUGACCUUAACUCACUGGACACGAACCUUCUGUUCGACCCCAACCAGCAACAGGGGCAAUAUCAAAAUACAGCUGGGGAGGAGGAAGAGUUUGUGAACGACCCGCUGUUUCAGCAAAUCACCAGUGAGACGCCACAUUCAAGUGGACUCGACUGGCUCGAGAACAAAGACCAUCCAACUGUUGGGUUGAUGGGUUGAGAUUAGUGCUUCUUUUUUAGUCGUGUAUAAUAUGAAAACCAGUUGUUUUAUUUAUUUUUACUUUUUGUACUCUUUUUAAUGUCACUCUGGAUACGAUGAGGUCUGUCCAGUUUAAGUGCCAGGCUAAACUGCAAUAAUGCUGCAACCCUCUGAUUAAAAUGCUGGUCAUUUCCCUCCAA